GCUGCCUCCAUAUAAGCGGUUUGCCCCCAGGGAGAGGAUAAAAGUAGAGCUUUACUGGAUGCGAAUUCAAGGGACGUCUGCAGCGUUGGUUUUUAUUCUGUAUCAAAUUAAACCUUUUUGAGGUUUACAUUCCAUUCCAUUUAUCAAUUUCGGGUAAGGAUAUACACAUUUAAAUAAAUUUGAGCAAUUUUUGACUAUUUUUAAUGCUAUGUUGGCACUUGUAUGUGGACUUAUCGUUAACCUACAGUUAUAUAAUGAUAAACCCAAUAACAUAUUAUUCGAUUAUUCGAUACUAACAAGAUGUUCAAAAAUAUAAUAAUAAUUAAAAAUAUAGGUAAAUAAUGAUUUUAAUUAUAAUAUUAUAUUUUGCAAAUAAGCCUUUUAGAAUCUAAUGUCUUAACAUAUAUCGUAGCAAUUUUAAACUUGAAAUAGAAGAUUUAUUUUUGUCCAAAAAAAAAAAGAUUUGUUGGAACUGAAAACUAAUGUUAAAAUGAAUAAAUUGAAUGCAAUUCUGCUCCAUGUCAUUGUCCUGGGUAAAAAUAAUUAAUAUUAUUAAGAAUCUUCUUCUUGAGCGUGCAGAAGAUAAAAUCAAUGGCUAGAAGUAAGAGAUUUUUUUUAAAAAAAUAAUUUAUUCAAUGUUAGUUAACGAAAAAGAUUACAGGAACUGAGUUUAUUCGACUAUUAUCACCAACAAACAAUAAAGAGUACGGACAAACAUGUACAUAGUUUUUUUCCAUAAAUCAUAAAUGUCAAAUAUCAUAACUUUAUCUUCUGCUGAUCUCUUUAAAAGUUCAUCUUUUGAUGACUCACCAUAGAUAACUCUUCUUUUGAGAAGCCCCAAACCUGUCGGCUACUUUCUUGACCGCUGAUAACAGAAACGAAAGCGAUCAAUACAAUCCAACUUCUCAUAUAAGUAUCUUCUUUUUUUCUCUCCUGUCACCCAUAUGCAAUUUACCGAACACUUCAUCGGCGUUGACUCAUUGUCAAAACGAUGUAUUUCUGACCUAAUUAUAGGGUCACCUGAUCUCUGAGACAUCAUCCUUGAACUUUCAAUAAAACACGCAUUUUGGAUUUGCUACAAGUGUGGGAAAUUUAAGUUUGAUCGGUAACCCUUUUAUGAAAUUCGGUUGGACCGAUCAGAGUGUUCUCUGAAAAUAAGCAAUUUCGGAAUUUGGUCUCACCCCUUGGGGUGGUGUCAUCCCCCUGGGAUGGUGUCACCCGGUGCGGUCCGCACCCUUGCAUCUCCUCGAUAUGCCACUGCACUUAAUUUGUCUAACUCAAUGAGUCUUAGCCAUGGGGGGCGGGGGUAUCUUUGCCAGUCAAUAUACCUUGGGUAACUCGAGUCUUUAUAAUUUAUUUAAAAAAAAAAAAAAACUUUGCUCUGUUAGCUCUGUUAGCUAACUGCUUUGAUCAUGGAGACGUGGCUGGUUUUAUUUUCGGAAUUGAUAUUGAUAUCAGUUAUUAAAAUCAAAUAUCCGCCUUCCACCCAGAAAUUCACGUAUCCUGAUUAUCUUCACAAUUUCUGAGGAAAAUCCUUAUUGUGGGUCACCACAACGUGUACAUUAAAUUAAACAAGCGGCCGCGGCUCUCAAGAGGUUGAGAACCUCAAGUUCAAACCUCUUAUUGCCAUAACAACAAACGCACAAAAGUAGCAGCUUUCGAAAAAAAAUGCAUGACUCUAGGCUAGGCUUUCCGUUAUAUUUGUGUUAAAUACAGGUUAAUACCUUCUUUGAAAUUUGUGAUUUAACUUAAGAAAUCGAUAAAUGCCCCCCUCCCUCACGCCCCCAAUCGUUAAGGCACGCCCCCUCCCCCCUCGCCCCCCCCCCUUCCGACAUUUAAGCAUAGUAUGAUUUAUGCUUCAACGCUUAUGUUGAGGACUCUAUAUCUUCUGUAUAAUUAGACAAUGAAAAACUAGGAAGGGAACUGGGUCCCCUUGUAAUAGAGUAUGCUCAAACUGUGCGGUGCUGGGGUGGACUUAAUCCCUGAUGCUGAGGUGCAGGGUGGUGCUGGCGCCCCCUUACCCCAAGCGGGUGAGAUAGUGACAGUAUUGAUCAAACCCGUCCCCCCAACUCCUAGGUUGUCGUAGUAGCAAUAGACACUCCACUUUGCCACUCUCCCCAAAAGCUCUUGGUUAAUAUUUUGUUAUGCUGGAUACUAACAAUCAUAAAGGUGAAAGGAAAAUGUCCAUACUUGUACGUGGGUGUGGGGGAGGGGGAAUGGUGGGGGGAAUUCAGCCAUGAUUAGAGGCCGUGCUUAAUUCUACCUCUGAAUGAAGCGCACCGUGGAAUGCCAUGAAUGCAGUAAUUGGGGAAAACAAGUCCUUCUCAUGUGCGUGGCGUCAGUUGGUCCUUAAUCAGUGUCACCGGUGGGAGAGGGUAUAACGGCCACUGCGCCCCAUCAACGUUAGUCUUAAGAGAGUAUAAAGUGUAAAGGAGAAUGACUACAGGAAUGUAUCAGAGAAGUAUAACAGAAUUACAAAUAGUAACUUUCUAGGUGUGUAUGUAUGGCUGUAGCACUGUGUUCAAAAGGCGCAUCUGUUUUAAAAUGUAUAAAAAGAAUGUUUGAAACAAGGGAUUCCGGUUUUCGCGCAUGAUGUCAUCGGACAGAACAAUAACAAUACAAAAAAAAAAUAAAAAAAAUUGAAAAUAUUUUUACUCAUCUGGUCACGAGAUCAAGAAGAUUUUCAAUAAAAGCAAGUAAGUUCGCGAGUAUAAGAUGACAAUGAAACGGCUUGGCCAACUUGGCAACUUCAAAACAUAACAUGUAUGGGAAAAUAUCCAAAAUCUCAACAAUGUUUAACGAGAUACGAACAGGGAAAUAUGAACUAAGCAGGUUUGCUUUUUUCAAAUAUCAUUACGAAUGAAUUAUAUUUCUUAGGAUGGAAGGAUGGAUGAAAGGAAAGGGUGGAUGCAAGGAUGGAUGAAAUGAUUAAUGAAAAAAAAAAAGGGAAUGAAGAAAGGGUGGUAGAAAGAAUAAUUGAUGCCCGUUUUGAUAAAAUUAUUAAUGCAUACAAGAAUGGGUGGAAGAAUGCAUGGAUGGGUGGAUGAAGGGAUGCAAGUAUCGCUGGUUGCAUGCAAGGAUAUUUUGAUGUAUGGAGCUUAUCGAUAUGGAUAGAUAGAGGAAUGAAAGGGUGGAUGGAUGGAUGGAUGGACAAAUGAAUCAUUGGAUGAAUGGAUGCAGGAUGAGUGGCGUUUAUCAACAACAUGUAAAUAUCAAAGCCCGAGUCGUUUUACCAACGCUCGAGGCGUUGCACGCCAAAAACAAACCCUUGUGGUGAAACGUGGGUGACUAAGAAUGAUGAGACCCCCUAAGACAACUGUUACACCGCGCCAAUCGCCCCCCGCCCGCCCUCCGGCCCUCUCACACAACUUGACCUGAAGUACGGAGCCCGUGAUUGUAGAAACAAUGGGGGGACUAAAGUGGUUUUGGUGGGUCGAGGUGUGGCGGCCAUUUCAUCACACAUUUAAUGUGUGCCGCCCCACCAUGGAGAUACUUGACAGCAGAGAAUGAAGUGGGUUUAGUAAGGUGCGACACCAACGCCUACCAACUAUAGGCCAGGGGGGAGGGGCUAACAAGAGUCAGGAAUGUUCACUCGCUCACGGUACUGCGUGGAGGGGGGUGGGGGGUGGGUGGAUAUAGAAAUUAGGCCAGUGGUCAUUCAUUUAAACAAAGCAAGCAAUAUACUUUUAAAAAUGUUUUUUUUAUUUUUUUUUUAAAGAACCAAUUUUAACGUAUAAUAAGAUACCAGUACCCCAAAGGAAAACGACUAUGUAAUUUGACAAUACUGGACACUCAUUGACAAUACUGGACACUCAUUGAAAAUGCUGAAAAAUCCUAGACACUAUCAGACAAUUCCGGUUCGUAAUUGACAAUAGAGAGGUAUUUAAACUGUAAGCUUCGUUUCACAUCACGUGAAUGUGGUGUACCUCGUUUCAGCUCUACAUAAUAAUAUGUCAGCUCUACAUGAUGUCAUGUCAGCUUUACAUGAUGUUAUGUCAGCUCUACAUGAUGUCAUGUUAGCUCUACAUGAUGUCCUGUGAGCUCCACAUGAUGUCCUGUCUGCUCUACAUGAUGUCAUGUCAGCUCUACAUGAUGUCCUGUCAGCUCCACAUGAUGUCAUGUCAGCUCUACACGAUGUCAUGUCAGCUCUACACGAUGUCAUGUCAGCUCCACACGCUGCGAGAGAGUGGACUGAAGUGACACCGAUGGUGUCAAGCUGAACAGAAAGAAAUAUUUUUUCUCACUUGAGAAUAAUAAUGAAAAACGCUUUAUUUUAUUAAAAAUUAAUGAAACAAAACCCCUUCAGAUCAUUGCUACGGUUAAUACAGUUAUAUUUUUUUUUUUUUAAAUAACACUCAUAAAAAUAAAACCUCAUGUAGAGUAGUGGUGUAUGGCUAAAUGAGAUGACCUACUGGGGCUGAAUGAGUUGAGGUAUUGGACUGAAUGAGUUAAGGUAUUGGACUGAAUGAGGUGAGCUACUCGGCUGAAUGAGUUGAGAUAUUGUACUGAAUGAGGUGAUGUAUUGGGGUGAAUGAGUUUCAGUGGAGCUAAAUGGCGAUAAAGUAUUGGGCUCUAAAUUGGUGAGUUAAUGGGUCAAUGGCGUCAGAUAAUGCGCUGAAUAAGUUUCAGUAAUUAGCUAAAUGCGGCGAGGUAUUGGACUGAAUGAGUUGAGGUAUUAGGCUGAAUUAGGUUCAGUACUGGGGGUAAUGCGGUCAGCUACUUGACCUCAUGAGAUGAGGCAUUGGGCUACAUGAGACGAGGUAUUGGGAUUUUUGAAGAUUUCAUUGCAUUGAAAUUUUCCACGAUAUAACAAUCGGCAUUCUUGUGUAUCUUCAGGCGACUCACUGCAUGAUGGCUCUCCCCGGAGGACUCAGUGGGGCGUUCUACCUGGGACUCGUGCUCCUGGGACUAGGCACGGUGCUGCACGUCAUCGGGCUGGCCACACCGGAGUGGUCCGUUGAGAAACACGGGACUCGAACUCAGGGACUGUUCAAAGGGUGCUUCCUCGGCAGCUGUGGGGAGUAUACAUACAAAACAUGUAUGAUUUUUUUCUUCUAAAUUUUAUCGAACUUGUUGCUCAUUUGUCCUGAAAAUCCUAGUGGAAGUUGAACAGUGAAGGAGCCUUGUUAAUUACAUGAUUCCAGGAAUUUAUGCGCACAUUUUUGUUCGCAUCAAAACGGAUUAACAGUCAAAGAAAACGGGAAUGAAAUUCUAGUAGAUUCGUAUAAAUGAAAUCCCACUUAACUUUGAUUUAAUGAAAACGACAUACUCUUUAAAACAACAUAAUUCUCCAUUUAGUAGUUGGGCUAUUGUUCUAUUACAUCAUUUAUUAUAAAUGACUAAAGUUUAUUAAAAAAUAUAUAUAUUUCUGGCCAAUGCCUUGCAGCCAUAAGGAGGGGGGGGGCAUUUCAGAUUUUCGAAAGGGCAGAGGUCAUAGCUAAAGAUUGCGGGGCAGACAGGGACAGAUGUCCCAGGGUGCCUGAUUAGUGGGGCGCCAAAAUAGGCUUUGGCAGUAUUUUAGGGAUGCCAAUAACGUGUUUCACUUCAGAGCGUGAUAAAAAUAACAGUUGUCCCCAAACGCUCUAUCUCCGCUUCUUCCAGUGGCGUGGAAAGUGGUCAGAUGCGGUGGUCUGCCAUGUUGUCACAUUUUUCUUUAUUUGAAGGGUCCGCAUUUUCGUAGAACUGCCGAUUUUGUAUCGUGAAGGGGAUCGUGUCAAUAAUCUGAAUCCGCCUAUGGUGACCCAAAUAUUAGCUGUGCCACCAGGCAAUUGUACCUAUCGGUACGGAAAUUUGCAAAAAAUGGCCAGCUAUACUACCAUUUUUCCGAGCAGUAGGGCAGAAAUCGAGGGUACAGCUGGCUAUUCGGUGGAAAGGUUGGGGGAGGGGUGACUUGAGAGUUUCUUCCCAGAAUAUUUGUGGUCAUUUCAAAAGCUACAUGUCUAUUUUGGGGUAUGUCUAAAUCCGGUGUUUCUUUUAGACCUUUUGAUCGAAAGUAGGAAUUUUUCAAACGUCCAACUAGACAUGAAUUCAUUUCAGCUGUGGCACGCCAUAGGGUAAUCAUUUGGCACAAGGCUAGAUUCAAAGGGGCAGAAAAUAAGGUUUUUCCAAAGACUCUCAAGUAUAAGCUGGGGCACGGAUCCCUUUAGAUAAUUGUUCAUAAAUCUAAAAUAAUUGGGUGCGUAUCAUUAGACACAAACUUGAAUUUGGUGUUUCAGACUUUGGAACAGGAAGCUAAGCGAUUAGCCAUAAUAUAAUAACACUAUGGAUAUCUCUAAAUCGGCUCUAGCCAAGAUGAACUAAAUUCAUCCCAGUUGUGGCGCCUUUGAGUGUAUGCUUUUUGCUUGUAAUGUCCUCAGAAAAUGUUUGAUACAUUUUACCUCAUUCCCUAUUUUAGUUUUGUAAAAUUGUACGCUUAAUCGGAGAGACACGGAAGAGGUUAUUUUAAAAAAUGUUGGUGUCACUUGAUCUCAGAGCCCUCGUGUGGGUCAUUUGACCUCUAAUGCAGCAGAAGCCUGAGAUAAUCUACGUGCUUAAAAUUGCACUUUUUUAAUUAUUAACUUUGAAUGCAAAGUUUAAAGAAAGGAAAAGUUUUUUUGUUUUGUUUUUUUUUUUGUGGGGGGUGGGGGGAGGGGGGACACCGAAAAUUGGAGGGGGCAUGGAGGGGGCAUGGAGGGGGCAUGGAGGGGGCAUGUAGACACUUAAUUUAACGCCAUAAUUCUCGGUGAUUUUCUUAAAAUUUACAAAUGAAAAUGAUUAAAAAGUGAAGUUCAAAAAGAAACUAAUUCGUUUUCCUCUGUUGCAGAUCAGUCUAUUUAAUGGGGAAUAUUGUUUCCUUUCUUUUUGUUUGUUUUAAUAAUUGAAACAACUACGCAGCCCUGAGAAGCUGCUCCAAGGCAACCGUUUCGUCCCAGCUGCAUCGCGAAUUAGUUGCGUUGUGGAAACACACUGUAGGUGGGGGAAGAUAUUAGGACGUAAAUUUUUCCAUCCCGUCUCCUGAGAAAGUCAAUCGUGUGCACUGUGUGCAAACACAGUGUCGGACCGACCGGGUGUCUUUUUGGUUAGGACGGUCCCCGGCAAAGACUCGGGUGGGGGCUGUCCUGACAAAGGGACAUCCCCCUACGUGCCGCGGUCCGAUACCGGGUUGGGGAGGGGUGUUUUGGGAAGGGCAAUAAGAGCGCAAGCUCGACGGCCCGCUGACGCCAUUUCUUAAUGUAACAAUAAUUGAAAAAAAAAAAAAAAAACAAGAAAUAUUCACUAUUGUUUUUAAAGUAAAAAUAUAGAGAGCCUAUUUAUAAUGUGUUCCGUCCUUAAUGAAGGCCGAAGCCGGGUUGGGGGGGGGUGUUUUGGGAAGGGCAAUAAGAGCGCAAGCUCGACGGCCCGCUGACGCCAUUUCUUAAUGUAACAAUAAUUGAAAAAAAAAAAAAAAAAAACAAGAAAUAUUCACUAUUGUUUUUAAAGUAAAAAUAUAGAGAGCCUAUUUAUAAUGUGUUCCGUCCUUAAUGAUAAUGCUCUUCUUUAUUUCAUUUCCCAGCUAAGCUCGAGGCGUGUGAAGCCUUUGCAAUAAUCGGGAUGGUCGCGGGCAUCGGCGCCACAGCGGUAUCGCUCCUCAUCUUCCUGCUGGGCCUCUUGAGCAAAAACAGGCACCGGAUAUUUUCACUGCUCGUCCUUGCUGGCAGCGUCGUCGCAUGUAAGUACAGAGCGAGCUAUGUGUCCGUUGACAAUGAUUUGUGCUAUUCCAGUUGGGUUGAACCACGUCUAGAUGUGAACUGUCUGUGCACAAAAAUUUCGGUGAAAUGAUUUCAGAUUCACAUUGGUUGGUUGUGUGGUCAAAGGCGGCGUCUGCUGGCGCAAAUUCUUUUUAACAAUUCGAAAGGUGGAUUUUGGUUUUUUUCUUUUUAAUUUCUGGAAACCAGUGACCUUGUCAGAGAAAACAGCUGGGACACAUAAUCAUGUUCAAUAGUCUUUGUUUUACUUGUUUCGUUUAUUUCAACACGGCUGAAAUCAAAUUUAGGGUACAAAUGCAAUUUCAAAUGUUCGUACAGACCCAACAUAACGUUGCGCACAUACUCAAUUAGACAUUUUGUGAUCAAAUUCAAAUUGAGAUUUAUUUUGAACAAAAUUAACUUGACUAUCAUUGUGCUAACACCAUAUGACAUUAUUUGCCUGCAAGCUCAAUUAAUUGUAUAUGUCGUGUGCAAACUCAAUUUGACAUUAAGUGGAACAGCUAAAUUUGAAAAAAAAAUUUUUUGUUUUUGCUAACUCAGCCUGACUUUUUGUAAAAAAGUUAAAAAUCACAUUUGAAAACAAGGCUAUGAUGUUGAAGAGACUUAAUAAAACAAACAUUUUUUAAAUUUAUUUUAUCGACGAAUCUUAGAUUCAGCCUUGCAUGAAGCAUCUCUUGUCCUCAUCUAUGUCUUACCUCAACCGCAGGUUUACUUUUGGAUAAUCGUAUUACAGAUUUUUUUUUCACUCUCUUUUGAUCUACAGUCAUUGCCAUACUCAUCUGCGUCAUCAUCUACGGGGUUACCAUCCAUGACGACAUCAGCUACUUUUUCAACGUCGGGUACUCGUUCAUCCUCAGCAUCAUAGGCGGAGCGCUCAUUCCUAUUGGAGGUUUCUUCGUGUACUCAGCUUCCAAGUAGACGCCCGAGCAGAGAUUAUCAGGCCCAAUUAUCGGUUAUUUCUACUUGACUACAUUGUUUGGAUUGUAAGAAGAAAAAAAAGAAAAUAUAUAAAUAUUUGAAAUAUGGAUAAUGCAUUUAUUUGUUACUGCCAGAGGCGUAGCUGGGGUAAGUUUUCACACGGGGUAGGCGAAUAGUUUUGCCGCCACUUGCAAGAAAAAAAAACUAUGCAGUUGGCAGAAAAUUCCACAACCCAAACUCCCGUAUAAAGAAAAAUGUCCCGCCGAGAGGGGAUUCCCCCCCCCCACUUCUAUGCCAAUGCAUACAGCAUACUGUAGCUUAAAAACAGCUUAAAAUUAAAUAAUCAUUGCAUUUUCAGAGGCAGUGUAUAUAACUUUUUUUUUUAAACUGAAUAUUUCAUGAAACAAAUUUGAAUCUUCAAGUAAAACAAUCAAAAUGCAUUUUUAUAUGAAGGAACAUUUUCAUAAUUUCAGUUACAUCACCAAGCGAAACAAAUCUUUCCAAAUGCUGAGCGAAUGUUAAGUUUAGAAUUUUUGUGAUUUUUUUUUUUCAUUACCAAUACUUAGUUUACUUAAUAUGCAUGAUUUUUUGUUUGUUUGUUGAUUUUUUGAUAAAUUUGAUGGUUUGUUGAUGUCGGAACAUAAUAAAUAUUAAAUAAAAAAUACUUUAAUUUUGUUUAAACAGUAUGUAUAUAUUUCAUUACACGUAACUUUUGAAAAUGGGGGUUUAAGCUUGUUUUCACUCUUCACUGAGACAAACAACUCCUUUUCUGGUUUGUGUAUUCAACCAUUCUUGUUACUGCUCUUGUUUCAAAUUUUUUAUUUCAUUAUUUUACUUUAUUUUAUUUGUUUCGUAAAUCUCUUCAUCUAUAAUACAUUGUAAUAAUUCAUAAACUUAUCUACUUCAUUACAAUCAAUAUUUUGGGGAAAAAUAAUCUUUGAGUUAAUCUGAUUUGAAAAAUUAAAAAAAAAGAACUAGUCUAGAUUAUGUGUAGUCCUGAGCUAGAGUCUAAAUAGAGUUGUAAAUGCGUUUUCUUACACAGACAAGGGUAUGUGCUUAUUGUCGCUUUCAUUUUUUUUCCCCCUUUGGUCCUAUCACGAAGCACUUGCGUGUCAACGAAAUACUGAGUGUUGACUGUUGAGUCAUGUGCAGUCCCCCCCCCCUCCUGCACUCUCAACCCAUUCACAAUUUGAGGUCACACAGCCACAGCCAUGUUUGCACAGGCCAUUUGACGUACUACACACACCACGUGACAUACUACACUCACACCUUAUCAACGAACCGGACAUAUUUGUGUUGUUGUUUUUUUUUAAUUGGCUGAGUAAUCGUUCAAACAAAGGCGAAACGUCAACAGGCUGGCGUUUGGGUAGCCAGAAGAGCAGGGUUGGGGCUAUUCUGUGUCAUUUGGUUUGUAAAUUUUAAGAAUGCAACAAAAAUGUUUAGGGAUGUAUUAUUAAUAUUUAUUAUUUGAAAAAAAAGUUAAUCAAAAUUAUGAUUAAUGUAAAAAAAAAAAUAUGGAUGAUUAACAAAGUUAUUUGACCCCAACACGGGCGCCCGGCAAUAUCUCCCCAGUGACCCUGAGUUUGAACCGAAAUCACGUUCAUCAAAAUUAUGAAUAAUGUAAAAAAAAAAAAAAUGGAUGAUUAACAAAGUUAUUUGACCACAACACGGGGGCCCGGCAAUAUCUCCCCAUUGACCCUGAGUUUGAACCGGAGUCAGUGAAUUGUUACGCAGGAGUCAAAUUCGAGCGUUAAAAAAAAUUGAAAGUCUGAUUUUCUUGACUUGAAAGGGUGAGUCUGGCUCUCUGACGCCUUCAAGUCUGUAACGUGAGGACACACGAGGCGACCGUUCAUUACGAGGUGUUAAAUCUCUAAUUUAAUAAUGUCUGUUAAAAAAAAUUUUUUACCCCAAUUUUAGGAGCACACAUUGUUGUAGCCACAUUGUAUCUUAAUUACAUUCUAUGCGACUGUGGGG